AUGGCUGUGGACACAUCUAUCACUGCAAAUAACAAGGACACCCCAUGGCUGUCACCCUCUGGUGUUUUUUCAUUUGGGUUUAAACCACUUGAUGAAAAGAAUCUCUUCUUGCUUUCCAUAUGCGAUUCUGUUAAUCUAUGGAAGAGUUUCAAAAAUCCAACUGAUACCAUGUUGCCUACACAGAUUAUGGAGUCCGGUGGGGUAAUAUUUUCUUGCCUUUCGGAGACCAAUUUCUCGCAGGGAAGGUUUCAACUCCGUAUGCUCCAGGAUGGAAAUCUUGUCCUUAAUACCAGAGACAUCCCUUCCAAUUUUUCUUAUGAUGCUUACUAUACCAGCGGCAUGUCUGAUUCCUCCAAUUCGUCCAAUUCUGGUUACCGAACUUUCAAUAGUAGUACAAAGUGGACUCCUAUUUGGUCACAACCCGAUAAUAUAUGUGUUGAUAUUGGUGGAGGUGAAGGCAGUGGGGCUUGUGGGUUUAACAGCAUUUGCAGACUCAAUGAUAACCAAAGGCCAGAUUGUAAAUGCCCACCAGGGUAUUCCUUACUUGAUCUGAACAAUACAUAUGGCAGCUACAAGCCAAAUUUCACACAAAGCUGUUUAGAAGAUGACAUCAAUUCUGUGGAAGAUAUCUACGAUUUUGAGACACUAAUCAAUACUGAUUGGCCAGCAUCUGACUAUGAACAAUUCGUGCCUGCGACUGAAGCGCAAUGCAAAAGGUCUUGCAUCAAUGACUGUUGUUGUGCUAUUGCCAUUUUGGGAGAGGGUAGUUGCUGGAAGAAGCUGCCACUUUCAAAUGGGAGAGAGGACAAUGUUGUUAAUUGUCAUGCUUUCUUGAAGUUUAGGAAAAGCGAUCCUCGAACUCUUCCUUCUCCUCUGGUUCCAGAAACAAAGAAGAACCAGGGGACCUUAAUUCUCGUUGGAUUGGUUCUAUUGGGUAGCUCUAUGUUCAUCAAUUUUGUAUUGAUUGGUGCUGUUUGCUUGGGCUUUUUCCUCAUCCACCACAGGAAGAGCAUAAAAAAUCAUCAUGGGGAUCACAGUGCUGUGGAGACUAAUCUUCGUUGUUUUGCUUACAAAGAGCUUGUAGAAACUACAAAUGGUUUCAAGGAAGAACUGGGAAGUAGAGCUUUUGGUAUUGUUUACAAGGGGGCAAUACAAAUGUGUUCCAGAGUUGUUGUUGCAGUGAAGAAACUAGAUAGGGAGGUUCAAGAGAAACAGAAGGAAUUCAAAACUGAAGUAAAUAUUUCUGACUUUGGGUCGGCUAAACUUCUGAAGUUGAAUCAGAGUAAGACUAAUCCUGCUACCAUUAGAGGGACAAGAGGGUAUGUUGUUGCAGAGUGGUUCAACAGUGACCCAAUCACUGCAAAGGUUGAUGUCUAUAGCUAUGGUGUGUUGCUACUGGAGAUCAUUUCUUAUCGAAAAAGCAUCAGCGAUUUGGAGGUUGGUGAAGAAGAGAAAGUAAUCCUGACUUAUUGGGCUUGUGACUGCUUUCAUGAAGGAAGAUUGGAUACUUUGGUUGAAAACGAUAUGGAAGCGUUAAAUGACUGGAAGAGGCAGAGAGAUUUCUAA